CAGGUAAAAUGUUUGAAACAGGAGUUGGUGAUCGCGAAAAUAUUUUAUAAAUGUUUUUUGCAUUUAGUCGCCGUGUUUUCUCGCCAAUCGGUUUUGGGGACAUCCAUUAAGACUUCUGCAUUUGGUCUCUAGGCAACUGAACGCUGUUCCAAAAACGAAAAAAAAAAAAAAAAAAAAGAAUGGUCGACAUCACCGCAAAGUUAUUUUGGUACCGCACUAAGGAGUGGUACGAGAACAUGGCUGACAAGCUGAAUGAUAUUGUAUAUACCGAUGACUCUAAAGAAACGGUUAAUGUAAUUAAUUUGUUGUUAUUAGGAUGGAUUUUGUUAGGAUUAAUUGUGUAUAUCAUAGGAACUAUUAUAGCCACUCAAUUAAGGAAACGAAAAACCGCUUAUGAAGCAACUAAAUCCGAACCAAAAGACGAAAAACCUGAUACUACCGAGCAUGUGUCAUGUGCACCAGAAGUAAAAUCUACUGUUGAAAAUGAAGUUUUUUCUGAACCAGAAGUUAUUCAGAAACCUUUUAUUAUACCAUCGUGUACUGGAGAAAAUCCCGAAGGAGUUGAAUGGAUUAAUAAUGUGUUUAAAUGGAUUUAUGUCCAUCGUGUUGUGUCUCCUAUUAUAGAAUCGUGGCUGUCAGCUUUAAAUGCUAGGACACGAUUGGCAUCUACAGAACAUGGUAUCUUGGUUGAUUUUAAGGAAGUAAAAUCCAUUGAUCCUCCUACUAUAACUAAUGUCAUACAAACUGGUAGCUGUGUAGAAGAUAUG